AUAUGGAGUACCGGAUCAGUUCGGUUCGGGUCGGGUCGAGUCUUGUCCUUAUAUGAGAUGAGGGCCUAUAUGACGGGAAGUUUCGUCUGCAGCCUACAAACCGUCGCAUGGUUUCGAGACUCUGCCUUUCUCAUCUCAUGGCGUCUUCUUUACUUGUCCGCCACCCCUUCGUUGCUGUCCUCCUCCUCUUAUUCCUUCUGUCUGCUCAGGCGGCUUCUUCUCGAGCGGGUUCCUACUCCAAGACUCUGCUGAGCUCGGCCUCUGCCGAGAGGGACUGGUUGGUGUCUGUCAGGAGGCGACUCCAUGAGAACCCGGAAACUCGAUUUGAGGAAUACAACACGAGCGCUCUCAUCAGGCGAGAGCUUGACCUUCUCGGAAUCCAGUACGAGUUCCCCUUCGCUAAGACCGGCGUCGUCGCCCAGAUAGGCUCCGGCGAGCAGCCCGUCGUCGCUCUACGGGCCGACAUCGACGCCCUUCCCCUGCAAGAAUUGGUGGAGUGGGAGCACAAGAGCACAAUCGACGGCAAGAUGCAUGCUUGCGGCCACGACGUCCACACCGCCAUGCUCCUCGGCGCUGCCAAGCUGCUGAACCAACGAAAGCAGCAUCUCAAGGGAACUGUGAGAUUGCUGUUUCAGCCUGCUGAAGAAGGUGGUGCAGGGGCACACCAUAUGGUUAAAGAAGGAGCUCUCGGGGAUUCUCAGGCAAUCUUCGGUAUGCACAUUGAGUCCGGACUGCCUACUGGAUCCAUCGCAUCAAGGCCAGGCCCAUACUCGGCAGCUGUCAGUUUCUUUGAAGUUGAGAUUCAUGGGAAGGGCGGGCACGCUGCAACGCCACAUUUGAAUGUGGACCCGAUUGUUGCUGCGUCCUUUGCCAUUUUAGCUCUUCAGCAUCUCAUUUCGCAUGAAGCUGAUCCACUUGAUGGCCAGGUGGUAUCUGUGACUUUUGUCGAAGGCAGUAGUGGGUCACUGAAUCUGGAUGCAAUUCCUUCAUCCACCAGGUUUGGAGGAACUCUACGAGCUCUCACUACAGAAGGGAUGUACCAGCUGAGGAAAAGGCUCAAGGAGGUGGUUGAAACGCAGGCGACUGUGCAUGGAUGCAAGGCAACUGUGGUCAUGGUAGACGAUAGCUAUCCAAUGUAUCCUGCAUGUUCAAAUGAUGAGAAGCUGCACCAACAUGUUCAGCGUAUAGGAAAACUCUUGCUUGGCGAACACAAUGUGAAAUAUGCAAGUAAAAUUAUGGCAGGGGAGGACUUUGCCUUCUACCAGCAGGUCAUACCUGGUGUGAUGCUUAACAUUGGUAUCAGGAACGAAGAGUUGGGGGCCAUUUACUACCCACAUUCACCUUAUUUCUUCGUUGAUGAAGAUGUUCUUCCUGUUGGUGCGGCUAUGCAUACUGCAUUAGCAGAGUAUUAUUUAAAUGAGCAUCAGGAGCAUGGAGAAGUUGAUAAUUUAUUUGAGGCACUUGUUAAUGAUGCAUCAACCAUGGCUUAGCAGACAUAUAUGCUGCAUGUAUAUUAAUAAAUUGGUUUUUCACUAA